AUGUCGCCUCCGGCUGCCACUGAAAAUAUCUGCUCUACAAAGCCUGCCGCUAAGGGUGUUCAGAGAGGGGCACCUAAGUUCAAGUUUCCCAAACCCAUCUCUUACGAUACAGUCGAAGAUGAGCGACGCGGUCGCAAGGAGCGACUUGCACAGGCAUUUCGAGUGUUUGGCAUGCUUGGCUUCGAUGAGGGUGUUGCUGGUCACUUGACUUUCCGUGACCCCAUUCUCAAGGACCAUUUCUGGGUUAAUCCCUUCGGUGUGCCCUUUCGACACAUGACUGUUUCGGAUCUGUUGCUCAUCGCUCCUGAUGGUAGCAUUGUCGACGGCGGUCGUCCUGAAAGGAUGGUUUACAACCAAGCUGCCUUUGCAAUUCACCACGCCAUUCACACAGCUCGACCCGACUUGGAUGCCGCCUGUCACUCGCACUCUAUGUAUGGCAAGGCAUUCUCUACGCUAGGGAGGAACAUCGAAAUCACAACACAGGACAGCUGCGCUUUGUACAAUCAGUGUGCCCUCUACGAAAAUUUUGGCGGUGUCGUACUUGCUGACGAGGAGGGCGACAAUAUCGCCAAGGCACUCGGUGACAAGAACCGUGCGCUUAUCCUGCAAAACCACGGCAUUCUCUCCGCUGGCACCUCGAUUGAGGCCGCGGUGGGCUUCUUCAUUCUGCUCGAAAAGCACUGCCAAGUGAUGCUACUCUCGGAGCCUGCUGCAGCUGCUAGAGGCACUAGGCCCAUCGUCAUCGGUCAUGAAGAGGCCGAGUUCACUUGUCGACAGAUUGGAUCCGAUCAGGCCCUCGCGUUCCAAGCUUCGGUCUACUUUGACACCAUUGCGCGCCUCGACAAGGGUGCAUGGAAGGCGUAA